AUGGGGAGAGUGAAGCUUCAGAUCAAAAAGAUUGAGAACACAACAAAUAGACAAGUUACUUUCUCAAAGAGGAGGAAUGGGCUGAUCAAGAAAGCUUAUGAACUUUCUGUUCUUUGUGAUGUUGAUGUGGCUCUAAUCAUGUUUUCCCCAUCUGGAAGAGCCUGUCUCUUCUCAGGCAAUAGAAGCAUUGAAGAAAUUCUAGAACGAUAUAUAAAUCUCCCGGAGAGUGAACGCGGAAGGACACAUAAUCAAGAGCAAAUCCAAAAGGUGCUUUGUAAGAUGAAAGCUGAGGGUGAUCAAACAUGCCAAGCUCCAAGCCCGGUGAUUACAGACUCCCAACUUGAGGAGAUUCAAAGACAAAUUUUUCUUUGCAAGUCUCAAUUGGAAGAGAUGGAGAAGCGACUGAGGGUAUUUGAAGGUGAUCCUUCUGAGAUCACAACUCUGUGUGAGGCUGAGUAUCGUGAAAAAGUCCUUCAGGAAACUCUAAAACAAGUGCAACUAAGAAAAGUACACCUUGCAAAAAUUGUAGAUGGAUUUGUUAGCAGAACCUCGAAUACAUUAGACUGGUUUCCACAGGGAGAUCCACAUGUUCAUAUUAUGAACCUCGCCAAUGCUUAUGACCCUGCUCCUCUCAGAUUAACUGCAUCUGCAUGUUUAGAAACAAGAUAA